GGGUAGCAACAGCCGCCCACGGGCCUCCGCCCCCUUGGCCGGCCCGACCCCGUCUGGCUUCCCCGCAUAAAGCUUGCGAGCCGUCGGCGCGGCUACCUAGUCUGGUUCCUGCACCCAUCGCCAUGGCGCACCGGUCGCCGCUCUUGCUUCUCCUCCUCCUCCUGCCGGCCUUGCUGGCCGCUCCUUCCAGCCCGUUGCCUCCCUGCCCAGCGGAGUGCCAGCCGAUGCGCUGCCCGCCGCGCUCCGCGCAAGCCUGCCUGGCCGUCGGGGGCGAGCUCCAGCUGGACAGCUGCGGCUGCUGCUGGGACUGCGCGCCUGGCGAGGGUCAGCCAUGCGCGCCAGGCGGCUUCUGCGCCCGGGGCUUCUUCUGCCACAGGCGGCCGGGCAGCCCCGGACCGGGCACCUGUUCAUGCGUGGAGGGGCCCCUGGGGAUCUGCGGCAGCGAUGGGCGCACCUACAGCAGCCUUUGCCAGCUGCGCGCCCGGAACCACCAGUCCAGCUCAGACCACCAGUCGCCUGUCGUCCCCGUCCAUAAAGGCAACUGCGGAGAAGCAGGUGCUGUGGAUCUCAACAGCCCAAGGAAUAAAUUUAACUUUAUUGCUGACGUGGUGGAAAAAAUUGCUCCGUCUGUGGUUCACCUGGAACUCUUUCGCAGGGCGCCCUCCACAAGGAAAGAGGUCUUGGUCUCCAGUGGCUCAGGCUUCAUUGUAUCUGAAGAUGGGUUAAUCCUCACCAAUGCCCAUGUUCUCAGCAAGAAGCAGAGAAUCAAAGUCGAGCUCAAAACUGGCCAUCAGUUGGAUGCCCAAAUCAAAGACGUUGACCAUAAACUGGACAUUGCUCUGAUAAAAAUAGACACCCAGGUAGCCCUCCCAGUGCUCCUACUGGGCAGAUCUUCUGAUCUUCGGCCUGGAGAGUUUGUGGUGGCUCUGGGGAGUCCUUUCUCCUUGCAAAACACAGUGACGACCGGAAUCGUAAGCAGUACCCAACGAGUUGGCCGGGAUCUUGGGAUGAAGGACUCCGACAUGGAAUAUAUCCAGACAGAUGCCAUUAUCAAUUAUGGAAAUUCAGGAGGGCCAUUGGUGAACUUGGAUGGUGAAGUCAUUGGAAUGAAUACUCUGAAGGUCACAGCUGGCAUCUCUUUUGCCAUCCCCUCCGACCGGAUCCGCCACUUUCUGGAAGAAACUCACAACCGACAGGUGAAAGGUAGAACCACUCCCAAGAAGAAGUAUCUGGGACUCCGCAUGGUCCCCCUUUCUUUCAAUCUCAUCCGUGAGCUGAGACGGCAUAAUCGAGAUUUUCCCAACCUGAGGUCCGGUGUCUAUGUUUAUGAAGUGAUACCAGGAACAGCUGCUGCAAGUGCUGGUCUGCAAGAUGGAGAUGUCAUCAUAGCAAUAAAUGGAAAACCAGUCACCUCAAUCCAUGAUGUGACAGAGGCUGUUCAAAACAACCGUACCCUGUCAGUAGUAGUGAGACGAGGAAAUGAAGACAUCAUUCUGAAAGUAACUCCAGACGAAAUCGAUUAAAUUUGACCUUCUCUAACCCAACGGGUGUUGGAAUCUUCAGUUGCUGUCAAUAAAAAAAGCUUAGGAAAAAAA